UCUCUCCCCCCCAACGCCGCCGUCUCCACUUUCCACUCGCCACGCCAAUUUCCCCUACUCCGACGCCGAACCCUGACUCUGAUCCCUCCCGCGCGUGCCGUCUAGGUUUCCAGCCGCCUGCGCUGAGAAGAGGGGAGGGAGUCGCCAUGGCGGACGACGAGCAGGCGGAGAGGAAGGAGGAGGUCGCCGAGCUUGCUCCUUUUGAUCCGACAAAGAAAAAGAAGAAGAAGAAGGUUGUGAUCCAAGAGCCAUCUGAUGAAGUGGAUAAGUUGGCAGAGAAGACAGAGAGUUUAGCAGUCGCUGAGUCUAGCGAGCCAAGCUUUGCUGGCAUGAAAAAGAAGAAGAAGAAACAUGUGGAACUUGAUCCUUCUCUUACCGAAGUUGGAGAUGGUGAUGACGCUGAAGACGAUCAAGUUAAAGAUGAUGAAGAAGGAGAAGGGAUCGUGCUUGGUGGUGCUGUUGCCACCGGAUACCCUUGGGAAGGAACUGACAGAGAUUAUAAGUACGAAGAGCUGCUUGGCAGAGUAUUCAAUAUUCUGCGUGAGAACAACCCGGAUCUUGCCGGUGAUAGAAGAAGAACUGUUAUGAGGCCCCCACAAGUCCUCAGGGAAGGAACAAAGAAGACUGUUUUUGUGAACUUCAUGGACUUGUGCAAAACAAUGCAUAGGCAACCAGAACAUGUGAUGAUGUUCUUGCUUGCUGAGAUGGGAACAAGUGGAUCCCUCGAUGGGCAACAAAGGUUGGUUAUCAAAGGAAGAUUUGCACCAAAAAAUUUCGAAGCCAUACUCAGGAGAUAUAUCAAUGAAUAUGUCAUAUGCAAUGGGUGCAAAAGUCCGGAUACUAUUCUUUCUAAGGAGAACAGGCUGUUCUUCCUCCGUUGUGAGCAGUGUGGUUCGUCGAGGUCAGUUGCUCCCAUCAAGGCUGGAUUCGUCGCCCAAGUUGGCCGUCGUAAGGCUGGAGCCUAAGUUAUUGCAUACCACUCUCUGCCCCAACAGCACAAUGAAAACUAGUUUGUCCGUCGACAAUUAUCGUUCCACUUUCCGUUGUGCCUACACCGUUUACUGGAUUUCUUCUGUUCACUAUACUUGGAUUGCUGCUGUGAAUUUUAAUUUAUAUGAGAGGAUUUAUGCUUGCGGCUCA